UUUCAUAUUAUAGCAGCGAGUAAGCUCUGUGAAUAAGUUAGUCUUUUCAAUAUUAUUGUUUUCGAUACAAAAGGGCUAUUUUAGUUUAAUAGGCUUUCAUGUCAUGUAUGUCUUCGUGAUUACUGUGCUAUUCUUUUUUCAAUUUUCUACAAUCUCAGGACAAGUUACUGGAAAACCUAUACGUUGGUUUAAUAACGGGGAUGAGGAAUUCUUUGCUUCUGAAGGAACACGUCAAAAUGCUGAAGAAGCUCAAAAUUACUGCCAAACUCAAGGAGCAACUUUAGUUACCAACACCGACAAAAAAAGUCUUUUUUUGAAAAAACAUAUCCGUCGAGAAAUUUUCUACUACGUCGGUGCAACAGUUACAGUAGCGGGAUUCUGGAGCACUGGGGAGCAACUCCAAAAUUCAGAAGGUCGCCUAAAUCCUCCGCUGGAGAAACACUGUUUACUAUCAGCUUGGACUUCUGGAGGAAGAUUGGUUUGGAAGAUACUUAACUGCAGCACGAAGCACGCAUUUAUAUGCCAAAGAAAAGGUAGAUUUGGAACAACUACGCCAGAAGUACAAUUAUCAGAAACGACAUUUGCAGAAGGUGCAGGCAGGAUUGGGAUGGAUACGGCGCAGGUUAAAUUGCCAGAAUCGGAAAGAGCGUCAACUAUGACUACAUCAAAUCAACCCGUACCAGAUCAAAUCACAAUUGGAUGUUCGUUUCAUUUAACAAGUCUUCUGAUAGGAAUGGCAAUUCCAUUGCCGUUCCUGAUAUUUGCAGUGAUCAUGGCUUGUCAGAAAUGCAGAAAAACAGCAAAAGUGAUCGAGGAAGGUUCUAAUUGUAAAUAUGAUGAUACUGAAUUCAAUGGAAAUUCAUAUUUGAACUACGUUGGAAAUCAUCAAAAUGGAUCGGAGAUACCACAAAUCACAUAUGAUAAUAUUGAAGCACAAUCACAACAUUAUGAGAUUGCAUACUCAGGAUAUGAACGACCAAUUUCAUCGGCACCAGAGGCAGUAGUUUAUGAAGUUGAGGCAUAUGAAGAUAUUUGUUAGCGGAUUUUAUCUGAGAGUUCGUUUCCGUUUUUUGAUAACGCUUUUUGCACAAACCUCGAUCAAGAACUAUGUUUCUAUUGAAACAUUUAGUGGUGCGAUAAAUUAGUUGGUUGAAAUUUUAAAAUGAUUCUAUAUUAACAAAUAUUUAAUUUCUAAUUAGACUAUUAUGAAAGCAAAAGACUAUUAAGACUUUAUUGAAAAUGUACAGGGAAUUUAUAUAUUUGAAAAUUCCGUGUCGUGGUUCCGUGAUCACAGCUUAGUGUUCUGGUGGCCAGGCUACCCGUACUGCAAAAAAAAUUAUGCUAUUUGGUUUUGGCCUCGUAUCGAUAUAUUUGAGCAUUGACCUUUUGUUUUUUAGCAGUGAUUUCCCAGAUUAUAAUAAUCGCGGUCGAAAUCGUUGACUUUUUCAAUGAUUUUGAGUUUUAACUCUGAAGGAAUAUUUUCCAAUAACAGUUCAUGUUGAUAUUAUAUAUAUAUUUAUGUGAUGAAAUUCAUAAGAGAGAGAGAUAUUUAAUAUUUUGUCAACCAAAAUACAUACAGUCAUCAAUACGAAAAUAAUCUAAAAGGAAUAAAAUCGCUUUAGUAUAUACAUCACUUGUGUUCUUUUUUGCAAC